AUGGCAACCGAAAGCCCUACCAUUCUUCUUAUCCCAGGGAGUUGGCAUCAAGGCCCUACCUUUGAGCCAGUCGCAAGCUUACUUCGGGCUCGCGGACAUGUGGCGGAGACCAUCACUCUGCCUUCAGCUGGUGGGCCAACGUCGAGUACUGCAACAGACGAUGCCAAACACAUCCAGGACAAUUAUUUAAAGCCUCUUGUUGCGCAGGGCAAGAACAUAGUUCUCGUCAUGCAUUCGUAUAGCGGCCUCCCAGGAACAGAGAGCGUCAAGGGCUUCGCCCGUAAAGAUCUGGCUGCCCAAGACAAAAAAGGUGGCGUGGUCGGCCUCCUCUAUGAAUCAGCCUUGCUGCUCCCAGCUGGCCUAAGCGUUGCAUCGGCUCUUCCUGGUGGAUUGGAUUCGUUCAUGGAGCUUGAUGGCGACAAAAUGUAUCCCAAAAACCCAAGGGAGAAGUUCUAUAACGACCUUGAUGACGAAACUGCCGAAAAACAUCUGGCCGCGAUUGUGUACCAGGCUGCACCCUGUGUCCACACCCCUCUCACGUAUGAGGCCUACCGCGACGUGCCAACUAGCUACCUAUUCUGCACGAAAGACGCAGGUUUCCCGCUUAUCGCCCAGCAGAUGAUGGCAAAGAUCCCUGGGGAAGGGGUUGUGCGCACUUAUUCAAUAGACGCAGGCCAUUUUGCCAUGUUAAGCCAGCCGGAAGCUGUUGCGGAUGUGAUCCAUCAGGUUGCAGAGGCCACAAUCUCUAUAAUAGACUUUUUGCAAACCCACUUAAUUUUCUUGAUUUCAAUUACUUUCAAAAUGACCAAUUUCGCCUUGCUGCUAUCCCUGGCAAGCCUUGCCCACUUGGCUACAGCUACAGCGCAGUACACGCCGCCAUCAUCUCUCAAUGUCACAACCCUGACCGCGUCCAACAAUGCGUCUGUUCUUCAGUGCUGGUCUCUAUCAUCAGGUUUCAGCACGUCCACCGAACCCGGUACUUCCGGGGCAGCAAUCGCCAACAUUGGCAUUUUGGACUCGACUGCAAACGCGACCUUGUCCGUCCUCCCCGCUCAAUUCGAUGGUGGAAAGCAUAAUGCACCAGCAGCACAAUGGGUCUUCUUUCUCUCCGGGGUGGCACACAUCACGCUCCCGCAUUCCUCAGAUGAGGCCUUUGUUGUUGGCGGUAAACACGGAGGCAUUUUGGCUCUCGACACUGCAGAUGUGAGUGCCGAUGGUCAUUUCACCGUGUAUCCAACCAACGAAGUGACGACGGCGCUGGAACUGCCUCUUGCGGACGGCAAGGUGCCCCCGCAUGUCUUGUUGCACGAUGGGCCAUGCACGGCGGAGGAGCAGAACUAUUAG